AUCCACCGGCUGCUUGCACUUGGGUAAUUCCCCCAUUCGUUUUCUCUGCUUGACAGCUGCAGUAAUGGCGUGCAGCUUGAUUAUGGGCAUGUCCGCCAUAUCAUAUGCAGCAUUGCCGAAGCAGCAUCAGAGCUUGAUAUGGUGCGAAAGUCAGGAGUUGAAGACCAUCUUCUUCGACACCAAAGACUUGGCAGGAAUGGUUAACGAUAUAUAUCCGUCCAAUCUUUGCCUGAACUAAGCAAUGGAAAAUGGAGCGACGUCGGGCAGUACAUAUGAAGUUUACCAAACAAUGAGUGGUGUACGUUG